AUGGUAAGAUUAUGCUUAGUUAACAUUUUGUACAUACAUAGUUUUGUUUCUAUUUACUACCUAGUACCUAGUAGAUAUUUACUAUUUAAGUACCUAGUUUAUAAAUAUUGCACUCACACUUAAUAAAUUCUUACAUUUUAGUUAUAGCACAAGCACCAAUUACGUUUUAAGUUUGAACAAAUAAUCACUAUUUAUAUAAGGUUAUGUUUGGUAAAUUAAUAUACAGAAGUUAAAACUCUUUUUUAUAGUUAUUUAACUAAUGAAUUGCAUAAAUGCAUUUUAGCUCCUAUUUGUUGGAAUUUUUUUUUAAAUGUAUGUUUUUAAAUGCUAAUUUGAUGGUAUUUUCAAAAAAAUAUCGCUCAAAUUUUCCUUGGAAGUUAUGGUCAAAAAAACUUCGAUAUGCACAAUAUUUUUUUUUACGUGUUAGUAUUUUUAUGAUCAAUAUUUUUGGUUUGCUAAUAAACCAUGUAAAACUAAAUUAUAACAUUGUUUCAAACAUUUAUACAUUAAAGUGACUCAAAAUUGAUUUUUGAAAUUUUUUUUCAUUUGGAAUGUAAUAACAUAAAAAUGUAACCACCCAUCCCCAUCAUUUUUUUUUAAAAUUUUUAUUUUAAUAUAUAAAUCAAUAUUCAAAUUCACAGAUUUUCCAAAAAUGUUUGAUUUUGUCGAACACAGCAUCCUUAUUGAUGUUAUAUAUUAGUCCAGUUUUGGUGAUCUUUGUUAUCCUGAAUAGGGUUCUACCUGUCUGUUAGAGUUCAAUGGGUUAAAAUACUUGGGCAUAAGUCAGUUGUCACUUGUGUGCCAUCUAGUGUCCCUUAAGGGGGUCACUUGUUUCCUUUAUUGUUUGUUGUACUAAGCAAGUUUUAGCCAACUGUAAUUUUCUUAUUUUUGCCAACAAUCUUAAAUUUUUUUGUAAAAUAUCCCCAAUCAGUGACUGCGCUGCACUUCAAAACAAUUUGAAUAACUUAGUCGAAUUGUUGUCUUAUCUUGGCCUGCAUUUUAAUUUUGACAAAUGCAAGUCUAUGUCAUUUAUUAGAAGACUUUCUAACAUUGAGUAUUCAUAUGAAAUUACUGGAUCUUCCUAAUUAUAUCAAUUAAUUCUGUUAAAGAUUUAGAUAUUACCCUUAUAUAUACCUUGGACCUUUCCCCUCACGUUAAGUCCAUGUGCAGUAAGGCUCUCAAAGUUUUAUGCCUCUUAAAAUGUUUUUUGAGUGAGUUUAAACUUGUCACUGCUAUAAAAGCUAUUUACUGUUCCUUUGUUAUUUUUUUUUUUUUAGAGUUCUCUUAAGUGUUCUGAGACCAAUACACCACUUCUGGGUCUUGCAACAUUGAGAGAGUACAAUGUCGUUUUCUUUACUUUCUGACUUAUGUUUUUAAAAUAAGGAACCCCAGCACAAUUAUAUUAGCAUGCUUAGCUACCUUUCACCUGAUUCACUAGCGGACAGAAGAGUGUCUGCUAAUAUUCUAUUUCUAAGCGAAUUAAUUUAUAGCUCCAUUGGCUUCCCUUCCUUUCUUUCUUAAGUGAAUUUCAGAAUUCCUCCUUACUACUUGUGUUUCACGCUCCCUUUUUUGUCCUAAUUCAUUUUACAAACUUUGAUCAUGCCCAUCCCUUACAUUGUAUGGUGUGGUUGACUAACAAAAACCCUUCAUUUUUAUAUUCAUAAAUUUGCAUGGUUUAGUAUUUUAAUCAGUGUUCUUUUUUGUUUUAACUUUUUUAACUUUACUACACUUGUGUUCUUGAUAUUAUGAUUAGUAUUUAAGUAUUCUAAGCUAAAGUUCUCUGUGUAACUGUACUAUAUUAUUUUUAUGUAAAAUUGCUCAUUGACGCAUAAAUAUGCAAAUGUUUGAAAUAACUUUAUAACUAAGUUUUACGUGGUUUAUCAACAAUAACAAAAAAAGUAAGUAGAUACAAUAGGUAAAUUCUGAUUUUAACAAAAUAUUGAGCAUAUAAAUACUAACAUAUUUAAAUUUUUGUAUUUUAAAUUUAAAAACACAAUUUUUGGAAAAAUCUAGCAUUUCGAAGUUUAUUUACCAUACUUAUCAAAGAAAGUUUGAGCAAAUUUUUUGGAAAGUACCAUCAAAUCAGCAAGCAAAAACACACAUUUUGAAAAAAGUAUCGAGUAGUUGAUUUGGAGCUUAAACUUUAUUCAUUCCUAAUGUAGAACGCAAUUUCAAAUAUUAAUAGCUUAAAUAAUUGAUUAUUUUUGUAGUGUAAUGUAGUUAAGGAAAAUAUUCAGGGAAGAUAUUGUGAACUUUUGAAUAUAUUUAACUGUAGCUCCAGUGCAGUGAUUUUCAAACUUUUUUUGACCACGUCACAUUUUGCUUUUCACAACAUUUUUACGGUACACUAUGAUCUUUUUUUUUUCAUUGUUUAAUUUUUUGCACAAAAUUGAUAAGUCAUAAUCAAGAGUAAUGACUUUAUACUUAAGGAUUGGAUCACCGUGACCAGUGGUCAGUCACAAUUUAAGAAAAACAAAUGUCAAAAGACACUUAGUCAAUGCCUGACAGUUUGAAAACCACUGCUCUAGAGCAUGGAUGGUUUAUAAGAUCUUAAUAUUAGAAAUAAAUAUUGAUUGGUUUAGUUAAUUAUUAAUCUAAAAUAUUUUAAUAAAUCUUACUAUUGGUUGUUAUACUAUCUGAGUUUUUAUACCUAAGACAGUAAUAGCAAAGAACUACCAUCUUUUACAUAGUGGUUAUUAGCAGUAGAUUUUACAAUGGUAAUGUGGAUUGGGAGGAUAGUAAUUUCCAAUUAGCUUAUAUACCUAUUAUCCAUGAUAAUAUGUAAAUUACAGUUAUAGUAUACUAAUUGUUACUAUAGUUAACUACUUUACCGUUAAGUUUUUAAUAAAUCAUUGGCCAUCUAGAAAAUAAAACAUAAUAUUAUAUUAAGGUUCUUGGCAAAAAUGUCUAUAGAACCAAAACCAUAGUAGGUGUAUUAUUAAUUUUUAGAUUCCAAUAAUAGUUAUAGAAUUCAUAAAAAGCUAUACAAAUCAAAUUAAUUUGUUUAUUCAUACAUAAUCAUGAAAAGUAUGAUUAUAUACCAGUUAUAGAUAACUGUGUUGUACAAAAAAAAAUACAGAAAAAGUUACUUGAACUCCAUUUUUAUCAAUUAAUAAAAAAAAAUGUGAACUUAUUGAAUGUAAAGAUAAAAGGAUACAAAAAUUAAAUAAUGAUAUACCUUGUCAACACAAAUUUAUGUAAUUAUGAUGUAUGGGAUAUAGCAAUGAAAAUGUUAAGAACCUAUUUAUGAAGUAUGUAAUGCCAGGUGCACACUAAUGUUGUGUGCCAAUUGAACCAAUUUAAUGGUAAAAACAUCACGAGAGGUGUGUAUACACACACAAAUGCAAUUUAGUAGUGGCGAACUAGAAUAAAUUUCAAACAUUUUAAAAAUCUCACAACAAUCAGUUGAUUUAUUAUGUGCCACAUUAUUUGAUACAAUAUUACCACACUACAUUUGUGUGAGUAUUCACAUGAGAAUUUGUGUUAAGUAUAAUUUUUUUUACUGCAUGUGGAGUUUUGCAAAAAAACUAUCACCAUACUGGUUUGAUAUGCAUUUGAUUCAAGAAAUUUUAUUAAUGUCUUCAUGAUAAAUAAAAAAAGUCCAAAUUGAAAGAUAUGUUUUUUGUAGUGAAUUUUGGUAAAUUGUGUAUUUAUUAUUUAUUAUUAUUUUUGAAACAAGAAUAAAAAUAAAACAUAUUUUAUGUUUUAGAAAAUAAAAAAAAAAUGAUAAUAGUACAAAUUACUAAAAGCAAAUAAUUAACAGUAAAAUCAAUAUGUUCUAAUUGGUCCAUUAAUGAGACACCAAUAUUUUUAACGUUAAUUCAAAAGUUUUGAUGGCUAUACUAUAAGAGCUUUUUCACAUGAAACCUCCAGAGCAGCGCCACCAUAAGAGCAUUGCCAUUAUUUAUGCUUCCAGAAGCGCUUUUGUGUUUCAAUGUAGGUACCAUAGGUAAACCAAAAUUUAAAAUUUAGUUUAGUUCCAAAAUGGAAAUCAAAAGCUAGCAUGUGUAGCAUAUCUGUACAGUUGUGUUGUUUGUAAACAAAAGAAAAAAAUAGAAAAUUUCGGUUACACCUACUAUUGUUGGAAUACUCAAAACAAGCAGAGUUGUUUCAAUUUCUAUAAAAAAAAUUCAGAAUCAAAGUGGCUAUCCAUAUUAAAGAAUAUUAACUAAAGUAAUCAACAAACACGAGCCACUGACAGUGAUUCGAAUGAAAAAAAUAAAUGUUUUUACAUUACAACAAUAUUAAUCUAAAUGGUUGUGUGUAUAACAUGUUUGGUCGCGCAAACUUCUAUGAGUGGAAUAACCAACUUGGUGGCGCCACCAUGUGUAAAAACCCUAAUUUAAUUAUUAAUUUUUUGUUGUAGUGCUGCCCUGGUGACUUUGUGUGAAAGAGCUCUAAUAAUGACAGAGAAGGGGAUAGAAGAUCAAUUAAAUCAUUAGGGAUCCUUAAAAUAUAUUAAAUACAGUGUAAUAGGUUAAUAGAAUAAUCUUUAUAUGCCUAGAAAGUAAUAAUUAUAGUUAUUCACUAUUCAGUUUAACUUUUUGUUUAACCUUUAUAAAUAUUGAAUGAUAUCGGUUAAUAUUUUCACAAAUUUACUCAAUAUCCCUCCAAAAGAAAAAUCAGUAUUACUUUAAAAAUUUAAACUGUUAGUAUUAAGAGAUUAGUGUAGAUAUUUUUUUAUGUAUUUAUUAGAUGGAUGAACCAAAAUUUGAAGACCUAUCAAAUAUGCAGCUUGUUAAUGAAGAUAUAUUUAAUUUUGAUCAGUAAGUAUAUGCACAUUAUAUAAUAAGCUUGCUAUUAAAAUGUUCUAUUUUCAAUCUCUGCUUGAUAUUAUUGUAUUUGUUUGUCUUGGUUAUAAUUAGUUUGUUACUUUUCAUUCUAUAUUUUAUAAAAUUGAAUAAAUAUUGUAUGCAUAACAAAAUAAAAGGUACGUAUAGUUAUAAUUAUUAGAACUAUUUUUGGUUACUGACUAAAUUAAAUUAGAUUCUAUAUACUGAAAACAUAUAAACAAAUACUAAAAUAUUUGUUUUAUCCAUUUUAUCAGGAAUGAUGGGAACUUCCAAGUUUUAAAUCCAUUGCUACAUAAUUUUGAUGAAAUUGUUGUCAAUCCACAUAGUGAAUACUGUUUUACAACACCUAUGGAAAAUGGAAUAAUUGUGGACUUGAAUUAUCCACAAAUAGUAAUUAUAUUUAAAUUAUUUAAAAUAAAAAAUGUUAGAAUUAAAAAGUGGUUAUUUUACACCUUGAUUAUCUUAAGAUGGUUAGACACCCAAAACACAGCCAAUCCCUGCAAAUAAAAUCCUAAUCAAGUAAAUACUAAGUAGGUAUACAUUAGUCUUAGAAUAUUAUGUUGAGCAAGUUUCAGUGAGACCACUUGCUUUUAUUACAGACACAGUGUCGUGCUCUAUUAUAUAAUUUUAUCAAAAUUCACUUUUUCUUACAAGUUCUGCCGUGCUUUAUAGUAAAAAUAAUACCAAUGUAUAGAGUAGAUCCAAAGAGUAUUUUGAUAUACAUUUUUCUUCUAAUACUUGCUAAUUUAGUCUAAUUAAAUUAGGAAAAAAUUGUAAACUAAUUUCUGAAAAACUGAAUGAAUUUUGGUACACAUUAUGUACUAAUAAAUGUUUCUUGAAAACAUUUGACCUUCCUACUGUUGUUUUCACUUCUAACUUGUUAAAUAUUAGAUUUGCUACUUAAAUAUACAGAAAUAAAAUUAAAGGUCUUCUAGUUUACUAUAAGAAUCCACUAUUUGUAUCUUUAAACUAACAUGAGAAAGUGGUAAGUUCAACUUUAAAAUAAAAAAAUUAAAUAAUUUUUAGCCACUACUCGUUCAACCCCAAAAAUUACUUACUAUACAAAAGUAGUAAACACUUAUUAAUAAAUAUCAUCAAUUCAACUUUUAAACUUUAUAAUUUUCACUUAAGAAAAAAUUAAAACAAUUCAGGAAAAAAAUCAAAAAUUCUGAUACUUAAUAAAAAACAGUGAAAUUACUGAAAAUGUAACCAACUUAAAUGCACUAUUGGUAUUAUCAGUUUUACCAACCUCUAAUUACAACACUGCAUAUUAAAUUUAUGAACUCUAAGGUUUAAAAUUGAUUGUUGAUAUUAAAAUUAAAGUAUAUUUUUUUCGAAUGAAAAUUAAUUAAUGGGGUGUAUCAUAAAUGAUGCCUGUUUCUAUUUCUGUAUAGUAAUUCAAAAUUUCAAUGCAAUUUUUUAAUUUCUAGCCUGAGAAAGAAAAUUGUGGUACAUGUACAACUGGUUCAGUAAAAUCACGUCCAACUGGUAUUAUACCUUGUCAAGAUGAAUUUGGUGGUCACAUGAAUUUUGAAGUGAUGUUGGAUUCUAGUUCUCAAUCAUAUCGUCAAAAAUGGCAUGUAUGUUUGAAUUUUAUAAUUGUCUAAAUAGUUGAUUCUAAUUUUCAUUGUGUAUUUUAUUUUAGUAUUCAGUUGCAUUACAAAAAAUUUUUAUAGACAUAGAUAAUGUGCUACUUUUGAAUUUUAAAUAUGAUUAUGAAAAGAUUCCUUGUGAUAUCCCAUUAUUUGUACGUGCUAUGCCUAUGUAUAGUGCAGCAAAUUGGUUGAAAGAACCUGUUGAACGUUGCUUACAACAUUUAUCACCAAUUGAUCAGUUGAAUAAAAGUAAAUAUAAAAAAGUAUUAAAAUAAGCUUUUGUAAACAUUAGGCUAAUAAAAUCUAACAGCUGUCAAUAUUUUAUAUAUAUCAUAAUAUAAUGUUUAUAUGUUUAUAUAAUGACUAAGUUAGUAAAGCAGUUAUCUUAUUUAAAUAAAUUUAAUUUUUAGUACUUGUUACAAAAAAAAAUAUAUUAAAUAUUCAAUUAUUAAUUAAAAAUUAAUUUAUUUAUUCCAGUUAUUCAAUUUUUAUAUUUAUUUAUUUUUUUAUGUUUUAAAGGUUUCACUCAUUUAGAACAUGUUCUACGUUGUGAUAAUGACAGUACAACUUAUCAUAUUGAUCAGAAUAGCAAACGUAAAAGUGUGGUAACCCUUUUAUCUAGACCCGAGCAUGGAUCAGAUAGUACCAGACUGUCUUAUAGAUUUGUAUGCAAAACUUCUUGUUUUAGUGGAAUGCAGCGUCGUCCAAUAAUUGUUAUAUUCACAUUAGAAGAUAAUAAGUGAUUAUAAAUUUAUCUAAAUAGUUUAGGUUCUUGAAAUAAUUAAGUUUUCUAUUUUCAGUGGACAAGUACUUGGACGUCGUAUACUCCCAGUAAAAAUUUGUUCUUGCCCCAAAAGAGAUAUGGAACGAGAAGAACAAGAUACUAAAUUAAAAAAGAAUACAGUGUUUCGCAGAAACAAGAAAUGUAUAACACAAAAAAAUCAUCAUCACCAUCACCAUCACCAUUAUGAUAAUGGUUCUCCACCAAAUAAACUUAUUAAAAUAGAAACAUCAACAGAAUCUGAAACAGAAAUUAAAAACGACAAUCCAUAUACAUUGCCAGUGAGUAAACGUAUUUUGUUUUUAAAUUUAAUUAAGAAUGUAAAUUUUGUUUACUAUGACAUACAAUAUUAAUCUUUAUAAUAAUGUUUUCAGUUUAAUUAUGUAACAAAUAAGAAGGAGAAUUAUAAAAUAAUAUUAGAAAAUGUAUAUACUGUAGUUGCUGGAGCGUCACUUUUACACAAUAUAAAAGACACAAAACCUUUUCUCGACGAUUUAAAAUCUAAAUUGGAUAAUUUAAAGUAA